AAGGAAUCACGUGACAGCACUCGGGACUAAAACAUAUUUACUUCCUUUUCGCCAAAUCAUUCAAUUGAGAGAGGGGCAGAAUGCAUUAUUUUCUGGUGAUAUCGGUAUUAAUUGCGUGCUUCUUGGGUGCGAACGCCUAUCCACAGGUCCGCAAGAGUCUCACGUGUCAAAAUGUGACAGGUGUCAAUUAUCCCGCCGCCUGCCCAAGAUCGAACGACCCCGACUCCUUCACCCGAUGCUGUGAAGCGAACGGAGAGCCGAGCUGUUGCCCACCUCUGCAACAGGAGAACGACCAGUUUCACAUGACCUGCAGUUCCGAAUUUCAGCGCCACAAUGUCCCUCGAUGCCCAAGGUCAUUUGAUCCAGAUGAUUAUUUCGUCUGCUGCACAGAAACCACCACCGUAUUCGGAGUAACGACCAUUACUUACAAGUGUUGCUCUGCCGACAUAUUAGCGGGCUGGGCAAUUGCCGUGAUAGUUGUUGCCGUCGUCGUUGUUAUCUCCCUGAUAACACUUUGCUGUUGCUGCUGCUGUAGUUGUUGCUUUUUGGCCAAGAGGCGCGCGCAGCGUGGUUACGUCAUCAUUCGCAACUGAGGAUUGAAAUUCACCCGGGAAACAUUUUGGACAGAAAUUCGCUCUGACUGCCCCGUGCCACUGGGUGGCGAACCUUGAGAUAUUUCGCGACAACCACUUCCGAAACAAUGGAAAAAUUUGAAAACUACUGAAAAUCAAUCAUUCUAAGUCUAGUCUUUUGUGUAGAUUAAAGGUAUAGCCAGGAUAUUCACGGAAAAUUUUGAGACGGACACUGGGAGUUCGUAAAAUAUCGUCCGGCUGUAAAGUCACUGGUCGGUACUCUGAUAUGGUAUCGUUGCGCAAGUUUGUAAAACUCAAAAUUUCAUCUAACCAUUGGGAAAGUUAGAAAGAGCACAUGUCUUAUUCUACCUAUAUUUGAAAAAAUUAAACAAUCUGGACCCCAAACAAGAAAACGAUAUUGUAACCAGUAGGCCUACUGUAUAUUCUGCUAAUUCUUUAUUGGAUACUUGUACCCAAUCAGGACAUAUCUGUGAUAGAAUGUAGGCCUAUAUGACCAAGUGUACUUUAUGGGUCACGUUUUAGACUCCCUGUGGUCUGUAUCGGUCGGGGAACAUGAGGGCGUAUUGCAUGUCAAAGACUCGGGGGGGGGGGUCAUCCUGGGGCCUCCAUUAUUGACAAAUCAUCCAGGAAAAGACUUCAAUCGUAUCUUGGCCAAUCAGAAGUGAUCAAUCCUGCGUCACCGGAGACGUGAAUGGACCAAUCAUAAGGGAGCACGUAUUUAUGGAUCAGAGAGUUCCGGUCAUGAGCGAAGAGGGUGUUUGGAACAAUGCCAGACUUCAGCCGAGAACUCGGCGUUUGUAAAAUAAAGACGUUGUGUAUAAUUCAUUUAAAAUAAAAGAAUAUUCAGAAAA